AACCGGAAACAGCCUGACUUUUCCGACUUCUACACGUGUGAAUGCAUAUUAUUGAGUGGAGAGACCCUGCAGAACGUUUCGGAACCUUUUAGGAGACUUCGGAACCGAGUGGACCCGCCUCAUUGUAAAUCAUGUUGGAGCAGUUUGGGCUGAUCGGAACCCUCCUAGACGAGGACCAAAGUCCGGAGGAACCCGACACCGAGUCCGAACCGGAGGAGGGGCCAAUUAUCCUGAACAGGAAGAAGAAACUGGGCGGUCAAGGGUCAAGAGACUUUAACUGUGACUUUGAGUUUGGAGAGAGAGAUGGACCGAACCAAGACCCCAACUGGCCAAUGACCGAGGUCCUGCAGCAGCUCAAGAAGAAGAAAAUCGUCACAACGUUAGACCAGAAAAUAGAGAAAAUUAGGAAGAGGAGGAAAACUGAGGAGAAAUCAUCUCAAAGUGCAGCAGCUGAAAGUUUAUCAGGAACGGUGGAGGAGGAGGGGGAGGAGGAGGAGGACAUAAAGCCUGUGACAGGAGAUGAGGAGGAGGACGAAGAGGAGGAGGGAGGAGGAGAGGAGUUUGACUCAAGUGAUGAAGAGGUUCUCACCAAAUCAGACACGCUGAGGGAGAAAGAGCGUCGAGGGAAGAAGAGGAGGGUGGAGGACGAGGUCCCUGAGACGUUCACUGAAGACGCGUCUCAGUACAACGAUCAGCUGACCUUUGAAGACAUGAACCUGUCCAGACCCAUCCUGAAGGCUAUCACAGCUUUGGGCUUCAAGGAACCAACGCCGAUCCAAAAGGCCUGCAUUCCAGUCGGUCUUCUGGGCAGAGAUCUUUGUGCUUGUGCUGCUACUGGAACAGGGAAGACUGCAGCCUUCAUGUUGCCCGUGUUGGAGCGUUUGGUUUAUAAACCCAGGACGGCCCAGGUGACCAGGGUGUUGGUGCUGGUUCCUACCAGAGAGCUGGGGAUCCAGGUUCACACAGUGGCCCGUCAGCUGGCCCAGUUCACCUCCGUCACUACCUGCCUGGCUGUUGGUGGUUUGGACCUAAAGUCUCAGGAGGCGGCGCUGCGGGCCGGACCAGAUGUUCUGAUAGCUACACCUGGUCGGCUGAUUGAUCACCUUCACAACACUCCGAGCUUCGAGCUGAGCCACAUUGAGAUCCUGAUCCUAGAUGAAGCCGACAGGAUGUUGGACGAGUACUUCGAAGAACAGAUGAAAGAGAUCAUCAGGUUGUGUUCCUACAACAGACAGACAAUGCUGUUCUCCGCCACCAUGUCAGAGGAGGUGAAGGAUUUGGCGGCGGUGUCCUUGAAGGAGCCAGUCAGAAUCUUCGUGAACAGCAACACAGACGUGGCUCCUUUUCUUCGACAGGAGUUCGUUCGGAUCCGAGCGCACAAAGAAGGAGACCGGGAGGCCGUGGUGUCAGCUCUGCUGACCCGGACCUUCCAGGACCAUGUGAUGGUUUUCACUCAGACGAGGAAACAGGCCCACAGACUGCACAUUCUGCUGGGACUGAUGGGCCUGAAGGUUGGAGAACUUCAUGGGGAACUCAGCCAGAGCCAGAGACUGGAGAACCUUAGGCGCUUUAAAGAUGAGCAGAUUGAUAUUUUGGUGGCGACGGAUGUGGCAGCCAGAGGUCUGGACAUCAACGGAGUGAAAACGGUGAUAAACUUCACCAUGCCUUCGACACUCAAACACUACGUCCAUCGUGUGGGUCGAACAGCGAGAGCCGGCCGUUCAGGACGUUCGGUGUCUUUGGUUGGAGAGUCUGAGAGGAAGAUGCUGAAGGAGGUGGUGAAGUCAGCAAAGAGCUGCGUGAAGGCUCGAGUCUUACCACCAGAGGUCAUCCUGAAGUUCAGAGAUCAUAUCUCCAAACUAGAGAAAGAGGUUGAAGCUGUCGUGAAGCUGGAGCGAGAAGAAAGAGAGCUGGCUGCAUCUGAGGCCAAGUUGAGUGUGGCUCAGAAGCGUCUGGAUGGCUCUGCCUCUUGUGAAACACAAAGAGUUUGGUUUCAAACACAGCAGGAACGAAAGCAAAGCCGCAUGUCGAAGGCGCUGCAGGAGUUCGAUCUGGCUCUCAGAGGGAAAAAGAAGAGGGAGAAGUUCUUGAGAGACGGCAGGAAGAAGAAGGAGCUGACGUCUGAGGACCGUGCUCAGUUUGAGAUCCUGAAGGCUCAAAUGUUUGCAGAGCGCGCCGCUAAACGGGAGAGACGACCGAAACGAGCUCGAGCCAUGCCUGAAGACGAGACUCCAUUAAAAGCAGUCAGUAAGAAGGCAGCCGGAGGCGGCAGGAAGUCGGUGUUCGACAAGGAGCUCACCAACACGAGCAGGAAGUCUCUGAAACAAUACAGAGCUGGGCCGUCCUUUGCAGACAGGAAGCGUCUGGGAUUGAACAGGAAGUCCUCAGGUGGUUCCAGGUUCAGGAAGAAGAAAUGAGGCCGUGCUGGACCAGAAGAACCCCAUCUUUGUUCCGCAACACACUUUAAAUAAAGUUUUACUUUGUGUUUAUAUAUAAAACUCUUCGAUCUGAAACUUGGUUUUCAAAUAAAUAAAAAAAAUGUCUGAAAACUGAUCUGAAGUCAGGAUUUGUUACAGGUUUAAAAGAUUUUUAU